GCCCGCGCUGCGCUUACGCACUUCUUCCCUGGUUGCGGCGGCCAGGUCUCGCGGCCGCACCAUGGACGUUAACCAGCCCAAGCAGGAGCACCUGCUGGCCCUGAAAGUGAUGAGGUUAACAAAACCUACCUUAUUCACUAAUAUUCCAGUGACUUGUGAAGAAAGAGAUUUGCCAGGUAAUCUAUUUAACCAGCUCAUGAAAGAUGAUCCUUCUACUGUAAAAGGAGCAGAAGCUUUGAUGCUAGGAGAAAUGCUGACUUUGCCUCAAAAUUUUGGAAAUAUAUUUCUGGGAGAAACAUUUUCCAGUUACAUUAGUGUACAUAAUGAUAGUAAUCAAGUUGUCAAGGACAUACUGGUGAAGGCUGAUCUUCAGACAAGUUCUCAGCGCUUGAACCUUUCAGCUUCUACUGCUGCAGUGGCAGAACUUAAACCUGACUGCUGUAUUGAUGAUGUGAUUCAUCACGAAGUGAAGGAAAUAGGAACGCACAUCUUAGUUUGUGCAGUAAGUUAUACUACGCAAGCAGGAGAGAAGAUGUAUUUCAGAAAGUUCUUCAAAUUUCAGGUGCUCAAACCACUAGAUGUGAAAACCAAAUUCUACAAUGCGGAGAGUGACCUCAGUUCUGUGACAGAUGAAGUGUUUCUGGAAGCUCAGAUUCAGAAUAUCACUACCUCUCCAAUGUUUAUGGAGAAGGUUUCUUUAGAGCCAUCCAUUAUGUACAACGUUGCAGAACUGAACACAGUUGACUCAGCAGGGGAAAGUGAGUCAACUUUUGGCUCAAGAACUUACUUACAACCUAUGGACACACGUCAGUAUUUAUAUUGCCUGAAACCAAAGCAGGAAUUUGCAGAGAAAGCUGGCGUAAUAAAAGGUGUAACUGUGAUUGGUAAACUAGAUAUCGUAUGGAAAACGAAUCUAGGUGAGCGAGGAAGACUGCAAACUAGCCAGCUCCAAAGAAUGGCUCCUGGCUAUGGUGAUGUAAGGCUUUCUCUGGAGACAAUACCAGACACCGUAAAUUUGGAAGAGCCUUUUGAUAUUACUUGUAAAAUAACAAAUUGCAGUGAAAGGACUAUGGAUCUGGUUUUAGAAAUGUGCAAUACUAAUUCCAUCCACUGGUGUGGAGUUUCUGGAAGACAACUUGGAAAAUUACAUCCUAGUUCCUCUCUCCGUCUUGCACUUACAUUAUUGUCUUCAGUGCAGGGAUUGCAAAGUGUUUCUGGCUUAAGACUUACCGACACAUUUUUGAAGAGAACAUACGAAUAUGAUGAUAUUGCACAGGUCUGCGUCGUUUCUUCAAAAGUAAAACAAGAAAGCUGAAGAAAAGUUUUAUUUCUGCUGUUUGUUUUUUUUGGACCAACUUCUUGUGUUUUUGCAGUUAAAUCAUAUUGCGUAAAGAGAAAAUUAACCCCCAGUAUAUGCAUAGACACAAGUUGCUUAUUUAAUUUCUCUGAGCAUUUUUUUAAUGUUUUAAAAUCUUUUGAAAAGAUGUAUAUGCAUCUUAAUGAAAAUAAAGCCUUUGAAAAAAAAAAAACAUAGCUCUAGCAAAUUGUAUUACAUUAAAUGUUGUGUUGGGUGGGGAUAAGGACUGAUGUGGAGUUUCUUUGAAUCUGCUUAGUUAAAAUAGCAGAACACUGUAUUUGUUUUUUGUUAUUUUAAUUAUCUUAAACAUUUUGAAGUUAUUAAAUUGUGGUUCUGACAAAAACUGCUUUAGUGUGAAGGAUUUAGCCUUUCACAAACGAGUUUCAGGAAUUCAAAUCCCAAAAGAAAUACUUCUGGGUGUCUGGAGUAGCAGUAUAUUUGCAUGGCACAUGUCUAGCCAUGAGGUGAAAGGGAGCACUUACUGCUAUUGAGGUGCUAGUAGACUAGAUUAUCAAUCAAAGAAUGUGCUUGUAAUGGCUCAGUUGCUGGAAAGAAAUAAUGCAGCAAAUAUAUCCUAAUUAGUUUUUCUUGUGUAGCAUAGGUGGAGAAAUUUCACUGAUUUGUGCUUCCCUGCAAUUGCAGGGCAUGUUGUGAACGGGUAUGUUAUUUUUCUGCUACGAGGGAACUCAGGCAUUUUUUGAUUGUUAAACUGAGGUAGUGCAAAUUAUUUUUCCCAUGCCAGAAAGCAGUGCCAAAAAGUCUACAUUAACAAAACUGUUAAGAAAAUGAGAAGAAAACUGUCUGUCCUAGAUCAAGGUCUGCAAAGCACAUCCACAGAGGACUUCAGCACUCUGUUAAGCACUAAAAUAUACUUUUCCCUAGCUUUGUUUUGACAUAAUAUUGAAAUCUUUUUGGAUGAAAUAUCUUAAAGUCGCCAAAAGUUAGCUAUUUAAUACAGAAGAUGUUUGCUGAUACUCCUAGUUCAGUAGUGUUUAUUCAAUAGUAAAUCCAAUAGUAUAUCCAAUAGUUUAUCCAAUAGUAAAUAGAAUCCAAUAGUAAAGAUUCUCUUUCAUGGUUUGUCAAACCAUAUUGUCAUUUAGUAACUGUAGUUUUGAAAACAUAUACUUUAGACUUCACUAUACAUGGAAUCUUUCAAUUUUAAUUUUCAGUCUUAAGAUACUGGAUAAAUUUAUGUCCAGUUAACUAAAUUAAAGGAAUAAAAUAAGAUUAUUCUCUGCACAUUAAUAAGAUGCAUACCGAGCAAUUACCUACAUAUUAUUUUCAGAGGUACCAAUAAGCUAAAACAGUAAAGCCACAGCUGUCCAAACAAAAAAAAAUGUAAAUAACUUUAUUAAUAAUCUGUUUUCAAGUUAAAUUGACACAAACUUAAGAUGUGACCAUGUGGUAAUAAGAGGUAGGAGUAGUACGGGAAUGGUAGACAAUUUGCAUUUUGUCAGUAUGAUUACUUUUAGCCCCCAAACAGUGUAUGAAGAUCUCUUCACAAGUUGCAGACUUAAUUCUGUCUUGGUAUGAGUGAAUUCACUUCAUACUCAUUAGAGAACCAGAAGUGCAACACAAACAAUUUCUAUGGUGAAUAUUUCAUUAGAUGUUUUUCUAAUCAGGCAUAGUCAGUAUAUAUUUCCAUGCAAGCAGGCUACAGUUUACAGUUUGAGUGCAGAAUGUUUUUUUCCUCUAACCAUUAUCACACUUAAAUGUUGAUGGAGUAAUAACGAUACAAAAUCAAUUUGGUGUUACAUGUGUAUUUGUUCAGUUAAAUGAAAAACUGCAACUGACUUCAAUUUAAAACAGUAUUUACUGUGGUUGGGGUUUACCACUUGAUCUAGCAGGAUGAAAAAUUUUAGUGCAAAAAAAAGUGUAGUUAUUACACAGGAAAAGGAUUCCUUCCUCACCCUGUGUUAAAGGCAUAUUGCAUGACUUCGUGAAACAAUUCAGCCUAUUCAAGGCCAAAUAGAUUUCAGCAUAAAUAAUCCCUCUGUUCCUGGCUUCAAUAGGAAAACAUGCAAUAAUGGCUCCUGUUAUUGGUUGCACUGUCUUUUAUUGAGGCUAUAAAGCCCUUUUUGUUAAUACACAAGAAACAAAGAAUGUUUACAAGUAUUACACGAGUUGUAGCACAUUCCAAAAAAGUUAGCUAAUGCCAUCAUUGUAAUACAUAUUCUGGUUACAUAUGAUUUGUACAGGCAUAAAACCUAAAUGUUGACGAUGCUGUAGUACGUAAAAUAUCCAUAAAGAUGAUUUCAGUCUUUUCAAAUAACAAACCAAUAGCUCAUUUCUCUUUUACCUUAGGGACUGAUUAAACUCUGUCUGAUAAAUACAAUAAACUAUAGGGCCAUAGCAGUGGACGAUUUAAAAAAUAAAAAAAGCAUGUUUAUGGAAGACAGUACAACCUCUACAGCAGUUUAUCAGUAUUACCACACUUUGAUGUUUUUAAGGAAUUCCUAAGAGGUUCUUCACACUUGCUGUUUUAAAGUAGAAAGAUAUCUGCAUCAACAGUGCUGCCAACAGAAGUAUGAACUAAUUGAGAGAGAUCCCCAUGUGCUAUCCAGACAUUCCUGGAUUUACUACUCUCCCCUUAGCAAAGCUAAUAAAACUCACUAUGGAGGAAAAUUAAGGAAAUGUGAAGAUUAAUAGGAGUUAUGUGCUAGGAGCAAUGCUUCUUUCCUGACACAACACAGAACACUGUUUGUACAGUAGUUUUAGCCCACGUAGCACAUACAUACAUCGACCUUUCUUGUAGACAGCAUCCUUUCCUGUUAUGUUAGUGUAACUGAACUUAACUCACAGAUUAAGAUUCAGAAUCUUAACUACUUCUGGAAAAAGACCACAUUAAAAAGGUUCUUUGUCAUCAAAUGUUCUUUUUUAGUUUUUAUUUGGAAAUGUAUUUAUUUAAUGUGAAGCUUAAAUAUCUUCACAGUCCUAAGAAGGCAGCCACAGCAACUUAGGGAUAAUUUUAUUUUAAGUUAGUGCUGUGUGUUGGGUUGCUCUGUUGAAGACACUACGAAUAUCUUGAUGCUGCUGUAUUAAGCGUAUGUGUUCAACAGAUGAUAAUGUGGAUUUUGUGUUUCUGGGAUUUUUUUGUUUGUUUGUUUUCUUCAUUUCAUUUCUCCUUGGACCCAGCUGCAUUUUUUCCCUGUGUUUUAGCUGCUGAAGGCUUGUACAAUGGAUGCACACAUUUCUUAGUGGAGUCCCUGACUUAGUCACACUUCUGCAUUUUUUGAGUUUGUUUCUCUCUUUUUCCCCCACAAGAUAAAUCAGAUAUAAUGUGUAAUGUCCAAGGAGUUACUGUGUCUUUUUCCAUUGGGGAGCCUCUGUUUUAUUCUUCCAGGCUGCCUCUAGUCUGAGAGGCCAGUAGAGGGCACUUUGUCUUAGGAAUCAAAGCAGGCUCCUCAAAUCGGUUUUAGUUUCUAUUUAGAAAGAGGAAAUUACGUGUUGAGAAGCUCCCUGGAGCUGAAACAGAUGUACCUCAUAGCAGAAAGCAAUCUGAGCAGCAAGCAGAAUUUAAAAGAAAAUACAGACAAACAGCGGUCUCUUUCAGAAUAAAGUUAGCUGAUUAAGAAUGCCAACGUAAGAACAGAAAUAAGAAAAACUGGAAAAA